UAAAUUUCAACAUUGAAACCAGUUUCGGUUUUUCUGAACAAACAAAACUGUUAAAUUGUUGUUAAUUAGAAGUGUAUUCCAUUGGUAUCGUUUCAAAUUAAUUUAGUAACUUUGCUGCUCAAAAUUAGACUGGUAAAUCUUCUGUCACUGUUUGCCAACAUCAACAUAACCCAACUUUCCUAUUUGUCAAAACGUACUUUUUACGAUGGAAAUAAACGACGAUUCCAACGAGCAAAUGUCGGUCAACUCGGACUCGGACUCCGACUCCGGGGACGACCAAGAGGAGCAAGCCCUCCUCACUCGUGCUGAAGACCUCGAACGCCAAAUCUCCGACAACAAGUACCUCUACAAUGCCCACGAAGAGCUCGUCAACUUGUACCGAAAACUGGGGGACUUGAAGUCGAUGCGUCUGGCGUACGAACGCUUCCAAGAGUACUUCCCCCUAACCCCCGAGAUCUGGCUCGCGUGGAUCAACGACGAGAAAAAGUUAGCGAGCUCCGAGAGCGAGAUUAAGAAUAUUUUCGGGCUUUUUGAUAAAGCCGUGGAGGAUUAUUUGUCUGUGAAUUUGUGGGUGGAGUACGCGCAGUACUCGAUUGGGGUUAGCACCCUUGACACGACACGUGUGAUAAUCGAGAGGGGUUUAACCGCCGCUGGGUUACACGUGGCCGAUGGGAGCCUCCUGUGGGACACUCUCCGGGAGCUGGAAUUCGCCCAUUUGUCCCUGACGGAGGCAGGGAGCGAGCCAUGGAAAACCCAAGUGGAAAAAAUCGUGGAGGUUUUCCGGCGCCAACUCUCAGUGCCGCUCCUUGACAUGGAAAACACUUACAAGGAGUGGAAAGAGUGGCUAACGCAGGUGCAAGACCACAAAAUCAAUGCUGAACCGGUGGAGUGGGGCUAUAACAAGGCUUUGAAAACCUUAGAGACCUACAAGCCGUUCGAAGAAAAACUACAAGUAACAACGGACGAAUCGCAACUAUUACGAGUUUAUCGCGACUACGUCAAAGUCCUAACGGACCCCUCGACAAUUUUGUGUCUUUAUGAACGCGCAACGGCCCAGAUGUGUCUCAACCCGGAGAUUUGGCUCGAUUAUUGUCUCUACGGCCUGAAACUGGGAGCCCCAGCUGAAAAAAUCACAACUAAGGCUUUGAGAAAUUGCCCCUGGAGUCAAGAAUUGUGGAUUAUGCGCCUACAAGUCCUUGAAAGUCUCCAGAAGGAUAAUAGCGAAGUUGUCGCUUGUUUCGAGCAGGCUGUGUCAAAUUUAGGCGCCCAAUCAAGCGAGCUGUGGCUCGCCUACUUAGAAUACGUCUCACGGACGUGCCAAGACCAAGCCAAAGUUUUCAAAUCUUUUGACCAAGCCUUAGAACAACUAAAAUAUAACGACGAAGGCGCCCUCAAAAUCACAAAGUGGUAUUCGAGAAUUUUGGCCAAAAAUAACAACAUGCAAGGGGCGCGAAACCUCUGGAAAAACCUACUCAAAAGCCCGAACCACAAAAUCCUGGCCAACACUUGGCUGGAGUACGCGCGGCUUGAACGCCAGUUCGGGGAACCCCCGCAAGUCCGCGCCAUUUUCCAGAAAGCCCUAACCAAUUGCACCGACUGGCCCCUGUUUAUCGCCGACGAAUGGCGUGAGUUCGAACGCGAGUUCGGUAAACUACCCGACGUUCUAAAAUGCCUCGAAAAACGCAAAGAAAUCGAACCGAAACUAAAAACGAUUGAGCCGCCGAAAGCCACCGGAACCAAACGAAAACACCCGAGCGAAGCCGAACCCCCGCCUAAGAAACACAAAAAGCAGGCGGUGGUCAAAGACCCGACUCGCACAAUUUUCGUCAGUAAUCUACACACUAGUGUGAAUGAAAAACGACUGAGGAAAUUCUUCCCCAAUUGCGAAAAUGUCGAAAUUGUGGUCGAUAAGCGGGGGAAGUCCCGGUGUUAUGGGUACGUGCAGUUCGCCCUUGAGGAGAGUGUCAUGGCGGCGCUGGCACGUGACCGGGAGCUGCUUGACGGCCGCCCUAUUUUUAUUUCCAAUUGUAAGCCGAAUCGUGAGGAGCGGAAAGCCGGCUUUAAGUACUCGAAUGAACCCGAGACCAAUAAACUUUUCGUUAAGGGACUCCCCUAUGACAAGUCGCAGGAGGAAAUUGAGGCGAUUUUUCGGCCUUUUGGGGCGAAAACCGUGCGUUUGGUGUGUCGGCGAGAUGGUAAGCCAAAAGGACUCGCGUAUGUUGAGUUUGAGGACGAUGCAAGUGCUAAGAAAGCCAUGGAAAAGACCGAUGGGAUGACAGUCGGGGACUUUACCAUCAGUGUGGCAAUUAGCGCGCCCCCUGUCAAGAAACCAACAACAGUUGCAAAAAGUACACCAACACGGCAUGCACGCAGCCGAUUACAAGUCCCGAUGUUACCGAGGUCCUUGCAAGUCAAGAGUGCGACGAAUGGUGAUGUCAAACCGAAAACCAAUGAUGAUUUCCGAUUGUUACUUCAGAAAUAAAAGCGAUUCAAACAUA